AUGCUGGGCGCGCGGCUCAAGUCAUGGAUGGAAGCGCAGCUGGGGCGGGCGAAGAAGCGUAAACAGAAACAGACGAGGCAGUCGGUGGCGCCAUCUACCGGGCCACUGCCUCCCCCGCACUUAUCGUCUCCGGAGAGCGCGUAUAGUACGGGCUAUUCCACGGAUGGCACGUCUCCAGGCACGGCGCCCGCUCCGCUCGCCGCUCCGCUUGUCGCGCCUCCUCCGCCGCCUGCACCUCCGACCACACACCUAUAUCAUGAACCAGCGAAGCGUCGUUCAAGUACCACAGCUCGGCGAUGCGUUCCAGAGCCUCCAGUCUGUGCGACUCCUUCCCCUCGGCCACGGUGUCGCAUCCGAACCAACCCCUGGCUAGGAGGAACGUCCCCCAACGCCAGGAAACGACCCCCGCAACUCCUGCAGCAACAGUCUUUGCAAUGUCCACCACCUCCGCAGCUGCAGCUACAUCACGCUCCCUACUCUUUGGAUUCACACACUAAAUAUACCAGGUCACCACAUCUAUCGCCCCAUUUAUCACCACACUUAUCUCCACAUUUAUCUCCUCAUAUAUCACCAGAGCUUUAUAGAACCUCGUACUAUAGGGGUGGGGUAUCCAGUGAUGAGGAGUGUAGGGGUAUGAAGACCAGGGGAAGGGAAACCGCUAUACUUUCAGAUGCUGACGUCGACUCUGAUGGCGAUACGGGUUUGGACGGGGGAGACGAGGAUGAACCAGAUAGUUCUGCUUCGCCUGGAAGACGAAGAGCUAGGAGACGUAGAACACCUCGGAGACCACCGCGCUCUGCAGGCGCAACUCCUCCACGCAUGCGUCGUCGAUGCCACGCGCCAUCAGCGCCUCCGGUCCGCGAGCGAGAUCCCUUGCUGGAAGCGGACAGGGAAGCGAAGAGGAAGUACCGGGAGUUGAUACGAGAGGCUGAGAAGUUACUCGUCACUGUAUCGAGAGCACCGAUUGAACCACCUCAUAAUCCAAGAAUCAGAGAGCUUAGAGCCACCGAGGUGGAGGCGCCCCGACGGAGUCCAGAACGCACUCACGUCACUAACUUCAUCCGAGCGAACUCCCCCGAACCCCCCCGGCGGCUGUCACCGGUGGCGCGGCGCUCCCCCCUCGCGGACCCCCCGCCCACAGCACGACCCCCCGCGCAAACCCCCUCACCCAGUGAUAGACCGCACUCCGAACCGCCAAAGAGAAAGGCGUAUGCGCGUGAUGAGGUGCUUCAAACGUUGGAAGGUCUGCGCAAGAGCCUCCAGCAGCAGUCGGCGCUGCUCGCGGUGCAGCGCACGCGCCUCGACUCGCUCUAA